UUUGCAGAUUAUUUCUAACCAGUGCUUUCUCUGCAUUGACUGAAACAAUGCAGCAAAAUAACAAUGUAACUAAGUUCAUACUGUUAGGAUUGACACAGGACCCUAAGAGGCAGAAAAUGGUAUUUGUAAUCUUCUUCAUUUUCUAUGUGGGGACUGUGGUGGGGAAUUUUCUUAUUAUUGUGACCAUCAAGGCCAGCAAGACACUUGGAAGUCCCAUGUACUUCUUCCUUUUUUAUUUGUCCUUAGUGGAUACCUGCUUUUCAACGUCCACAGCCCCUAGACUAAUUAUGGAUGCUCUGUCUGCAAAGAAAAUCAUAUCUUACAAUGAGUGCAUGACUCAAAUAUUUGCCCUGCAUUUAUUUGGCUCCAUGGAGAUCUUUGUCCUCGUCCUCAUGGCGGUUGAUCGCUAUGUGGCCAUCUGUAAGCCCCUGCGUUACCCAACCAUCAUGAGCGGGCAGGUCUGCAUCAUCCUGAUUGUUCUUGCGUGGGUAGGGUCAUUUAUACAUUCCAUAGCUCAGAUUAGCCUGGCCUUGAGAUUGCCUUUCUGUGGAUCCAAUUUAAUUGAUCAUUAUUGCUGUGAUAUGCAGCCGUUGUUGAAACUUGCCUGCAUGGAUAUUUAUGUGAUCAACAUAUUGGUGGUGUCUAAUAGUGGGGCCCUUUGCACAAGCAGUUUUGUAAUUCUGAUGAUCUCAUAUGUUGUCAUCUUGCAUUCACUGAGAAACCACAGUGCAGAAGGGAAGAAAAAAGCUCUCUUCACUUGCACUUCCCACAUCAUUGUAGUCAUCUUAUUCUUUGGCCCAUGUAUAUUUAUGUAUACACGCCCCCCAACCACUUUCUCCGUGGACAAGAUGGUGGCAGUAUUUUAUGCUAUUGGAACACCCUUUCUCAACCCACUCAUCUACACGCUGAGGAAUGCAAAAGUAAAAAAUGCGAUGAGAAAGUUAUGGCAUAUCAAAAUUACCUCAGAAAGCAAAAAAUAG